AGGCCCCGCCCACCGGCGCCAAGCGGGAGCGCGGGAGCUGGGGGGGAGCAGGGCUGGUCACCCGCGCGCGGUCUGGAGACCAUGGACGCGGUGGGCCCGAGUCGCCGCCGGGCGCGGGUGUCCCGCCUGGUCUCCUUCAGCGCCAGCCACCGCCUGCACAGCAAGUCUCUGAGUGAGGAAGAAAACUUGAAACUCUAUGGGAAAUGCAACAAUCCCAAUGGCCACGGGCACAAUUACAAAGUUGUGGUGACAGUAUACGGGGAGAUUGAUCCUGAUACAGGAAUGGUCAUGAACUUGACUGACCUCAAAAAAUACAUGGAGGAGGCCAUCAUGGAGCCCCUCGAUCACAAGAACCUGGACCUGGACGUGGCGUACUUUGCGGACACUGUAAGCACAACCGAAAAUGUAGCUGUGUUUAUCUGGGAAAAUCUCCAGAAAUUGCUUCCUGAGGGAGCUCUUUAUAAGGUCAAAGUGUAUGAAACUGACAACAACAUUGUAGUCUAUAAGGGAGAAUAGUGUGUGUGUGUGUGUGUGUGUGGUGUUACUGCUGUCAGAAGACUGAUUUUUUUUUUUUUUCAAUACUGGGGAAAGAUCUUUAGUCCCUGAGAACAUUAAGUAAACAAUCUCCGGUGCCUUCGCCUCGUGUUCUGGAGUGUCUGUCUACUGAAAUGCUUCUAAGAACUGUUGGAAAUGUACAUCUGUUAUACCAUCAAGCUUGACGCGGACUCUGAAGAUGUAUCUGCAGCCGGGGAGGGGACCCUGGCCUCGCACUCACUCAUGCAGUGCGUGCUCUCCCCCUCCCCGGGGCGUACCCUGGCCCUUCUGCACGCCACUUGGGGCCUUUUGUCUGUAAAUCAAACAUGAUGUUAUUCCAGCAAAAUGUCUUGACAUGAGAUUAUCCGAAAGCAGAAGAAAUCUAUGUGUGUUACAUUCUCUGUCAUCCCCCUUUUAAGCAUUUUUUUUUCCCCCUUGGUAUAAGUGGAAAAAAAUGUUUCCCUUUAAAUCUUAUUAAAAAAAAAUA